GAGCUUUCCAGUCUCCUGGAGCUUCUGCGGUUCUCGUUCUUCGGUACGGCCGCUAUUCAGAACCCUAAAGCUCUGAAGGGAUCGUGGACGCACUACCCUGACGCUCAAUAUUUGUGUUUCGUCAUGGAGCGAUUGUCGUCGUGCUCUCUCCUGCUCGAUAAGACUCAUACUAGGUUGUCGGAAGCAUAUCAUCGGGAUAUUUCGUCCAAUUGGUCCUCACCAUUGCGGCGAUCACGUCCCGACUUGACAUGCUUACCGCUGAUUUACGGGGGAUCCUGGAGGACUCUUGCCGCGUCUCUGUCACCCUUCUGUCUUUGUUACACGUGUUUCGUGGGAUUCUUAUAGUACCACAGCCCAACGAUUCACCCAAUAUUAAUGUCUGCGGCGCUAUGAGCUCUUCACUGGGAACUCAUAUUGCAGACCGUGCUCGGUUACCUUCAUCCGCUGACCACCGCCGCGCCAGCGCUCCUCCAGGAGAUAUUUUGGAUGAGGAUCUCGGGGCACCAAUCGGACUGCCAAUGAAUACGAGCUUCGAUAACGCGGUUGCCGGAGGUGAAGACCUGGGUACUCCAAUCUCGCGUACGGAUUCUCAGCCGCCUAGGUCGAAUCGAGCUGCAAUCCCUUCUAGUUCUUGGUCCCGAGACUCUUCGCGAGCUUCCACCGUGGCCUUGAACUCUAUAGAAAGCAUGAACCGGGAAGAUGAGGCCAGGCCCGCAAACGCGGAUGCCCAGUCUUUCACUCCGCUGCCGAACCUAUCAAAGUCUCCUUUGGAACAACCGUCAAGUGAGGACGGUAGCAAGACGUCCGCAACGGCUCAAACGACUGCAAAGGCGCCAUCGAGCUCUCGAGGACCCGCAGAUGGUAUCAAGAGGAAGGCGAAAGAUAGCAAGCUGGCGAGCACCGAACAGCCCAAGAAGCGGAAGAAGAAGAAAGACGAGAUAGAUGAAAUAUUUGGCUUCUAA